AUGGAAUAAAGAUAAUUUAGUUUAUGUUAAGACACUUAGAAUUAAGAGAAAUAUCUUUGUCUGAAUAAAGAAUGUUAUACUUCAAAGAAGAAGCAAUUGCAUUGUCAUGAGUGUUUAGUGAAAUUACAUAAGACAGAUAAAAAUAGCAUUAAACAUUAUGAAGAAUUUGUUACUUUUGAUUCUAUUAUCAAUGAUCUAAUAAGAAGAAAUAAUAAGAAGUUAGAAUUAUAUAAUUAGAUGAUAAUUGAUGCACAUCAAUUCAAAAAAGAUAAAUUCAAAGAAUUGUGCACUUUAAGUAAAUAUUAACAUACUUAUUAUAAAUUAGAAUCAUUUUCUAGUAAGAGUUCAGAGUUUCAGAAUUAAGUAUUCAAAAAGAUUGAAUAAUAUGUAGAAGAAAGUCCAAAAUAAUUGAAUUCUUAAGUUUCUUUAGUUCGAUAAGGAUUACAAUUUUAAAAAGACAAACUUCAAUUUAAUAUCGAGUAGUACUUAUCGAAUGAUACAAAAUUUGAAGAUUCCUUAAAACAAAUAUUAGAAGAGAUCAAGAAGAAUAUUGAAACUUAUAUAGCUUCAAUCGAAUUACAGGAUUCUUAAACAAUUAAGUAAAAUGUGAUUGUGAAUACAGGAAGAAAACCAUCCAAUAAUUAUAGAAAAAAAUUGCUGAUUUAGAAGGAGUAAAGACUAUGCCCAAAACAGAUUAUUUUCCUAAAAAUAUCACUAUUUUUAUUAUCAUCAUUCCAAUGUUCUAUUUAAUUUAUACUAUUUAAUAACUUGAUACUUAACUUUUAAAGUAAAAUUAAUUAUUGAUUUUAGACUCUAAAUGAAGUUAGAUUAAUAAUCCUUAUAGAUUCUUGAGUUGUAAAAAUUGUUAAUAUAGGAGGUUAAAUAAUCAAAGAAAGAAUAAGAUAAUUAAAUAGAGACUUUACUUAAAUAAUCUCAUGAUUCACUUUAAAGUAAUAAUGAACUCAAAGAUAUCUUAAUAAAUAAUGAUUCUAAAUUAGUAUUAAAAGUAAUACAAUUAUAGAAAAAAACAGAUGAAGAAUUUAAUAAAACAAAAAAUAUUCUAUAAGAAUUAAUACAUAAGAAUCCAUAAAAAUUGGAUAUGGAAUUUAAAACUAAUGUAGAACCCAUAACAUUUAAUGAAAAAUCAGAAAUUUUAGAAACAGAUUAUAUUAUAAAUCAAAUUAUUAUUGGAUAGUAAUUGAAUUUCACUAAAGCUGAAUUAAUUUACAAAAGUAAAAGAGAUGGACUUACUUUGAAUGCCUUCUGGUUAAGCAUGAGGAAGUAUGGGUCUACUUUAUUAAUAGCCAAAUUUCAUAAUUUUCAAAUAAUUGGAGCAUUUACAUUGCCUCCUUACAUUCCAUCAUUUUAUGGAGAUUAUAUGGUUGAUGGUGCCAAAAAGUCAUUCCUAUUCUCAUAUACAAAGAAUAAAAUUUAUAAACUAAAAGAUGAUAGAUUUACUUUAUAUUCUAAAUAUAUGGUUGGACCAUAAUUUGGAUAAGGUCCAGAUCUAAGUUUAUAAGGAUCCACAUUCGAUCAAUGUUCAAGUAAUAUUGGAUACACAUAUGAGUAUGGUUAUGAGAAGGGUGAAUCCAUAAUAGAUGGAUCACCUAAAAUAAUAGAAAUGGAAGUAUUCUUAUUGAGUUGA